AUGCACAUGCUCAGGGGUUUACUCAUCGUGGCCUGCCUGGUAGCCAUUGCGCUGCAGGCUAGCGCCAAGCAGCAGCAGGGCAGACGUGGAAAUAAGCAGUAUCAGCUGUUUGGCCGCCAGCAGAAGGAUUACGAUCUGCCGGCCGAGGGACGCGUCAAUCCGACCAAACUGGCAGCCGUGCUCAAUGCCGCACUCGGCAACUCGAACGGCUCCUCGCCCACGCCCACAACGACCACCAUAUCGACCAGCCCAACCACAACGACCGGCACCUCCACCACAACUCUGACACCAUCGGCAACUACGACAUCACCGACAUCACCAACGACCGCCACUCAAACAGCGGCCAGGCAGGCCUUCAACGACGAUGAUGACGACAAUGAUGUUGAGGAGGAUGAGCAGAGCUACCAGCUGGCCAAUCAAUUCGAUCUGGAGGACGAUGAUGACUUCAACGAUGUCGCCCCCAUUGAGGGCCAUCUCAUCCGCAGCGGACAGCGCAGUCGGGAUGAUGCUCUGGCGCGCCAGCGCCGUCAGUUCAGACGCAAGCAGCAGGUGCAACGUCGCCGCCAGCAGCAGGCCAAGCAGCGCCGUCGCCAGAAGCGUCGCCAACAGCAGCAGCGUCGUCGCCAACGCCAACAGCAGCAGCGCCGUCGUCGCAACCGUCGCCGCAACAUGCGCCUGAUCAAGCGUUUCCGCCAGGGCGCCAACCGGAACCGUAACAGGCGCGUUAUUCGCGUCCGCGCAUAG